AACGCUGGAGUCGCUCGCCUGGUUCAGGCGGGCCCUGCGGCUGGACGCGCGCUACGCCCGCGCCUUCCUGGGAUCGCUGCGGGCGCUGCGGGCGAUGGGGCAGCGCGGCCGGCUCCACCAGGUCACGCUCAGGUGGAUGUCCCUGGUCGGGUCGCGGCCGGCGCGCCUCUACCCGGCCGAGCUGCCCGCCUCCCGUCACUGGGGCAUCAUCCUCGAGUCCGUCACCGUCUCCCUCAAGCCCCACCACCACCUCCACCAGCCGGCCUGUGGCUUUGGCGCCCCGUGCGCGCUUCCGGGACUCGGCGCCCCGCUGGAGGACAGGGACUCAAACAAGUCACGGGGUCAGACACGCAGCCCGCACGGAGCCAGCAGGGCCGCAUGCGCCACCAGGAUGGACGGUUCGUGCUCGGCCAGCCAUGGCGGUGCCCACGCCGGCGGCAGCGCCAAGGGGAAGAAGAAGAGCACCAAGAAGCAGCAGCCGCCCGCGCCUGGCGCGCCCAGCGCCCCCGCGCCCGCACUGGUGGUCGGCAACAUCCUGGACACUUGGCACAGCGCCUGUCACUCGAUCGGUCAGGCCUGCCUGCACUAGCCCCGGCCCCCGCAUGACGCUGGCCCGACCCAUGUGCCAAAAAACGAAUCCCGACGUCGGUGGCUCCGAGCGUUUAGAAGCACUCAUCAGAUUGUUAGAGCGAAUGACUGUAUUCGAGUGUAUUUUUGUAAAACUGGUACCUAGUUGAGCUGAGACUGUGUCUCGCUCCCCCGUACAGAGCUCUUCGCUCUGUGCAUGAAUUUUCGCUUAGACAAAAUAUAAAAGUGAUUUGCUGUAUUUUUCGGGGGGCAAAAAUUUUAAAAGAUUGGCUUACUAUUUUUUCACGCUACCUUUUAGAAAUUGAGUAGUGUUGCAUAAUUUUAGAGUUAGCAAUGAUAUUUUGAGGGAUCAACGAUGAACUACAUUGUCGUUAGUUCUAUGAAAAAGUUGAGCUCUCUCAAAAGUUUUACUAAAUAACGAGCCAUAUGAAAAGUGUGAUGGGCCAAAUAAUUUGAUGAUAGACUGAUGUACAGAGAUUAUUGAAAAGAAUAUUAUAUUCUAUUAUUUUAUCAGCAAACACACCUACCCUAAGCUCAUCCCGACUAGUGACAUAGGCCAUGAUUGUUAAAUACAAGAGCUGUAAACUUUUCAAAAGAGUGUGAUAUAAAAACUUCCUUGUAUUUUAGUGUAUAUAGUUUUCUUGGAACGCGACUGUACAUAUUAUAUAGUGUUAAGAUAUAAAACAUGUGCAAGCGUGAAUUAAACUCAUAGGAUAAACUAUUGCCAAUUUAAUGAAUGUAAUGUCUAAAAUCUCAACAGAAAAACAUCCUCAACAUCAAAUGGAUUUUGUGUAAUCUAAUGAACAUCAUAGAUAACUGACUUUUAGGUAGAACAAACGAGUUUGGUUCAUUUAGCACAAAUUUAGUUUUAAUGCAAAAUGUAUACUUUGUACAUAGCGACAAAUAUAAAUUAGGAAUGUAAACAUUUGUAUAAUUAAAUUGAAGUUUUCAAAGCAG